UAGGCGCCCGGCCUGGGCCCGGAUGGGUCGGCGUCGUGGGUGUCCUCCUCUCGCCCGGGUUCCCGGGGCGACGUCGCGAUGGCGGGGCUCUGCUCUCCCGAGAAGGAGGGUUGCCGUAAAUUGUUGGGCCUGCUGAACACCGACGACAUCCUGGCCCUGUGCGACACCGUCACCAACCGCCUGGUGCGGCCCGAGAACCGCGCAGAUGCCAUUCGUGCAAUAUUAGUAUACAGUCAAAGUGCAGAAGAACUUUUGAAGCGUAAAAAAGUCCACCGAGAUGAUAUAUUUAGGUACUUGGCAUCGGAAGGAGUUAUUUUACCUCCAACUACUGAAAAACAUAAUCUUAUUCAGCAUGCGAAGCAUUACUGGAGUAAGCAGAUAGUCACGAAAUGGAAGGAAACACCACUGCCUAUUAAGACACAGGACCUCAGUCUCUUUCAGAAGCCAAAGCAAGAAGAUCAAACUGAGUCUCUUGAUUUUCAUCUAUUAGGAGAAAAAUUCUGCCACUGGUUCUUUGAACUUCUCAAUUCUCAGAAUCCUAUGCUGGGAUUACCUAAAGAAGAAUGGGGACCUCAGCACUUCUGGGAUGAUGUAAAGCUGAGAUUUUUUUAUAAUACUUCGGAGCAAAAUAUAACAGAAUACCAAGGAGCAGAAAUUGUGAGCCUUCGUCUGUUGUCUUUAGUGAAAGAAGAAUAUUUAAUUCUUAAUCCCAACCUAGAUCCCCAUGGACUAAAAUGCGCUUCUUCCCCAUAUGGUCUAGUUAUGGUUGGAGUUGCGGGGACUGUCCACCGAGGAAACUCUUGUUUGGGCAUUUUUGAAAAAAUUUUUGGGCUCGUCCGCUCCCCUUUGGUGGCGAAUACUUGGAAAAUCAAAUUUAUCAACCUGAGAAUUAUUGGCGAGAAUGCCCUUGCUUCAGUACCACCAGUGAAACCAACAGUCACAUUUGAACAGAGUGACCUGGAGACCUUUCACAGUCUAAUCGCUUCAAUUACCUGUGAAGUCCGACUUAAUGUAAGACAGGCAAUUGGAUGAGGAAAAGAGAACUGAAUUCACCUAACCUUCCAAAGCAUUAUCCGAUGUCAGCUUUUAAAAAAUCUAUACAGAAACUUUCAAAUGAGGCAACUAAUAUUGUAAGUGGUUUCAGGUGUCAAGAUUGAUAUUUUAAUUGUAAUAGCCUUUCUUGACUGCAGACUAACCUGUGAACACUUAACCUAUUUCUACCUGAGUUUCAGCAAAUAUUCCAAGACCUUAAUGCAAUUCUUCAAAUAAAAGUCCAUCACUUUAUAUGUUGUAACUAAUGUGUGCCUUAAAAUGCAGGUAAUAUAUUUUUAUUUAGUGAAUAUUCUGCUAAAAUAUGUAAUUUUCAUGUGGGAAGGUUAAUAGUUUUGAAGGUAUCUCCCUUUCAUUUCUCUCAUUUUAAAAUAUUUCAAAAUAUUUCAAGAGCAUUAUUUAACAUUAACAGCACUAGUCUAACAUAAAUAUUUUAUGAUCUGCAGUGUUUAAUGAAUUGUUUAGGGUAAUGAUAAGUACUUUUUUCAAAACACCUUAUUCAUAUCUAAAGCUUCAGGUAACAGCUCCAUAGCUUCAUUCUUUGUAAUAUGUAAGAGAAUAUUCUGUAAAAGUCCUUGGUUUCUAACUUUUGAUAUUUUUUGCUCUUUGUUGAUCUUGGAAGAGGUUGCACAUUCAUAAUGUGGGCAUAUGUUUAUAAAGAUACCUUCCAUGUCAUAAAAUUUGAGUAAUUUUUUAUUUCUGAUUUGUCUUACUAGUUUGAGUUACAGGUUUAAGUUGCAGAAUAAUUACGGUUGUUGUUUCAUACUUUUUAUUGGCCAGUAGUAAUUCACUGAUCCAGAAUCAAUGCUGUGCCCCUGUACAAAGAAAACAGGAGCUUAGUAAAGGAAGAGAUUCCCUUUGUUCUGCUCUAAGGAUAGUAUAUUAUUUAGAUUCAAAGCUAAGUUACCUUUCUCAUCUUUGAGCUUUGAAUUAUAACACGUAAUAGUAAAUAUUCAAAGUCCAGCACUGUCUAGCACAGUCCUCCCGUUGUUCAUCAAUUUGCUCGAGCAGGCCCACUAAUAUCUCCGUUGUGAGACUUGUUACUGUGUUUGGCAUAUCGAAUAUGUCACGGGUAGCUUGCCAGGCUUUGCUGUGCAGGCAAAAUACUCUCAGUAGCUUGCCGGCUCUCCAAGAGGGGUGGAAGAAUUGAACCCGGCUUGGCUGGGCAGGCGGCUUGCAAGGCAAAUGUCCUACUGCUGUGCUAUUGCUCCAGCCCAAUAUUCAAAGUAGAGAAUAAAAUAUAAAACUAUUUGUUUUCUUUGUGUUAUUGCUUAAGCACUGCAGAAAUAUGCUACAAAUGCUUAAAUGGCAGAAAUUUCCUGUAGCUAUCUUGAAUACUGAAUUUUUAAUAUGUUUAAAAAAUCAGGUAAGGCCAAAGUCUUUGAUCUUUUAAUCAAAAUCUUUUGCGAAUUGAAAUUACACCUUUGGUUUUUUGUCUUUAAUUCCCAUAGCUAUAUACCUAGUAGGAUCUAAUACUCAAGUGAAUAAUAAAUGAAUUAGCAAAAGAAACUUACAUACUUCUAAAUAUUUUUGUUUCAUUUUGGGCCAUAGCCUGCAAUGCUCAAGGGCUUACUACUGGUGGCUCAGUGCUGGGGGGUUGCUCCUGCAUAGCUCAGAAACUUCGUGGUGCUGGGGAUUGAACCCGGGGAUCCAGCAUGCAAAGAUUUGCAUUAUCUCUAGACUGACUUUUGAGCUGUGUUACCUGCCCCAUACUUACAUUGGUGGGUACAUGGGUCAGGAAAUGACUGUUUUUUUGCAUCUAGUUUCUGCCUUUAUUUAUUUCUGGUUUUUUGUUUUUAAUCACAUUCUCUUGAAUUUCAUAUGUGGAUACACAGAAAAUUUUAGGCUGCAAACUAUCUCAGACUUGGGGAAAUUUCUAAUUUUCAUUUCAAAUUUACUGAAUUUUAGGGCUCUAUGAUUACUUACAAACCAAUUUAGUGGGGAAAUGUAUGGAAAAAUACCAUGAAGAAAUGGAAAUUUGUUUAUAAAAGUCAAAUAGACCCUUAUGAAAACCUUUGAGAGGUCCAGAAGAACAGUGGAGAUUAAGUUGGUUUUUGUUCCAGACCCAGCAGUGCUCAGGGAUACUUCUGGCCUUGUCCUUGAGGGGUCGCUUCUGGCACUGUUCAGGGGUCUUUAGUGCCAGGGAUCAAACCCAGACUUCCCACUUGCCAAGCAUGUGCUCCACCUAUUGAGCUUCUGUCUAGCCUAGAUUCAGUUAUCCUCACACUACCUUCUUCCCUCCCUGUUUACAGGGUUUAUAUUAGGAAAUGGCAGAGGCUUCAGAUUUAUGUCUCUUUGGCUUUUGUUUAACUUAGCUGAUACUUGGAAAGUCUGUAAUCAAGUAGUAGAGAAUAAAACAUUCCUAAUAAUUCAGAGUAAUUAGAUGGUCACACCAGGGUGAUCUCUGAGCUUUAUUUACUGUAGGCAGAUUUGAUGUAAAUAUAAGGAUGAACCUCAGGUAUCUUGUCAAAAUUUUGUCUAGUUACAGGAGGAUAUUUUAUUGGAAUCUACAAUGACAACUUUCAUGUGUCCAGUUUAACUGGAAAUACCAAGUAACAUGAAAAAAAAAACAUUGCUGAUUUAUUAAGUCAAUCUGGCAUAGGUCAGGAAAAUUAUUUCUUGGUUUUCAGAAAAGAAAGGUAUGUUUUUAUGCCAAAGGAAGCCAAUUAUGUAGUCACAAGAAAAACUAAUACCAUCUAGAAAAGGGUUUAAAGAAUAGAGUGUAAUUUUUUUUUUAAAUCACCAGAAACAGUGUUUUAACAAAAUAGCCAGAGUAGAUUAUCAAAAAAAAAAAAAUGAAAACUGUAUUUUAAUGCUGUUUUCAGCAUCUCUCACAAAUUUAGAAGCCCUUUUCCUCACUGCUCAGUUACCAUAGGUGGUACUCAGUGGGCCAGGCUGUGCUAGGUGUUGGUCCUGGGUCUCAGGCAUAUAUGCUCAGCUUGUUGAGCUAUCUCUCUGGCUCUCUUCUCUGAUUCUUAACUUGAGUUAGGGAUAUUCCCCUCCUGGCGAAUAUUUGCAUAUUAUAGUUGUGUAUUGCCGCUGAGUUGAUGGACUUCACUAAAGUAUCCUGUAUAGAGCUUUAUAAAAUCCUAUGUUAGGGGCUGGAUAGUGCAGGAGUUAAGGACGCCUGCCUUGCAUGUGGCCGAUCCCAGUUCCAUCUUAGGCACCACAUGUGGUCCUCUGCGCACCACUGGGAAUGACCCCUGAGCACAGAGGCGUGAGUAGCUCAAAAUCUUGGCCCAAAACCAAACCAAAAUUUUUAAAAAAGGUAAAAUUAUUUUUAGAAAAUUUUGUUCCUUUGCCAGAGUACUGACAUCAGAGGACUAAGUAAAAGUAAAGUAAAGGCCCUCCCGUUGAUCGUCGAUUUGCUCGAGCGGGCCCGGUAACGUCUCCAUUGGAGACUUUUGUUGUUACUGUGUCUGGCAUAUCGAAUAAUCUCGGUAGCUUGCCGGGCUCUCCGAGAGGGGCGUAGGAAUUGAACUCGGGUCGGCCAUGUUGGCUACGUGCAAGGCAGACGCCCUACCCGCUGUGCUAUUGCUCCAGCCCAAUAAUCUGUUGAGACUAUUAAUUUGAUUGUGAACUUGUGAAUUUUUUGUGAUAUAGAGAAAAAGCAGAGAAUAGAAAUAUGGAUCAUGGCAAACCCUUAAGCCUUGUAUUACAGAAUGGGGAGGGGUGGAGAAAACGAAUGGUGACAGGGACACUGGUGGAAGGUUAUGGGCACUUUAUUGGCGUUUGAUGCAGUAAUUUUGUGCAUCACUAUUGUAAACUUUUGCACUUAACCUCCUUGUGCAAAUAAUAAUGCUUAAAAAAAAUAGGAACAAUGUUAUAGCUCUUUUAGAAUUUUAGCAGGUUUUCUGGUUGCUGCCAGAAAGCCAAGAAAAAAAGAAAAAGGAACUUUUCCUCUGCAGGACCUUUAUAUGUUAUUUUCCUAUUUUACACUACUGCAUUUCAACCCUAACCCCAAUGAAACUAUUUAUAACCUUUGCAUAUGCCAGCUUUUUAAGGCUGAUAGAAUUGCAGCGCAGGGAAAGAAGACUUUCUGAAUCUGGAUUUUCUGGUGUUUUUUUUUUUUUUUUUUGGUUUGGGGGCCACAUGAGCAGUGCUCAUAUUUGGGUUACUUGUGGCUGUGCUCAGGGGACCGUGGGAUGCCAGGAAUUGAACCCAGGUCAGUCAAGUAUGGUUCUUCUUGCUGUACUGUGACUCCAGCCCCUAGGUUCUAUAUGUUUCGUUGACAUUUGUUAAAUUGGGCAUCUGUGGGCUGGAGCGAUAGCACAGCGGGUAGGGUGUUUGCCUUGCACGUGGCCUACCCGGCUUCGAUUCCCAGCAUCCUAUAUGAUCCCCCAAGCACCAUUGGGAGUACUUCCUGAGUGCCUGAGCCAGGAGUAACCCCUGUGCAACACCAGGUGUGACCCAAAAAGCAAUAAAUGAAUAAAAAAUAAAUAAAUUGGGCAUCUGCAAUUUUUAAGUCACUGAAUUAGGCAUGUUAAAAUAAUUCAUUAGUAGGUUAUUUACCUAAACUUAAAUUGAAGACAGAACUCAAUCUCUGGAGAUUUUAGGUAGCUUCUUUUAUAUGGUCAGAAAAUAAUAACUGAAAUUUUAAAUAGCUAUAUGGCUUUAUAAUUUUUAUAUAGAUUUUUUUAAUAUAUGGGAUAUUUUGAUAGACCUCUUUGAGUUAUAAAGAAAAUGUUUCAGAAUAUAUAUUAGUUUGUGUUAAACUCUCAGCUUAGUUUCUAGUUUGAACCUUCCCUCUUGUCUCUUGGAAAAGUGUUUAUAUUAAGUUUGACAUUUAAUGUGCCCCAAAAUACUUGUGUCAUUAAGUUUUAAUAAAAAUUACUGAUCUUUCACUACUUGGUAUCUUCUAAUUUCUAUUUCCAUCACCACCAAUUUUCAUUGGUCUUGUUAGCUAUUUAGUGAUUUUUUUGUUGUUUUGGGGGCCACAUCUGCUGGUGCUCUAGGGCCACAUAGUGUGAGGGAUCAACCUGGGCCUUCUCCCAUAAAGUGUACACUCCGCUGGCUGCACAGAGUGAAAUUUUUUUUUAACAGUUUCAUCUUAAGAUUUUGAACACCUUAAAUUGAAAUGGGGAGUUUAAGGAUUGAAGGAAUGACCUGCUAAUACAUAUUAUUUGAUACUUUUCUGAACAAAAAUUAGCAGCUAUUUGCUUUUUCUGCCUAGCCUUUUUUCAGACUGCUUGAUUUUCGUCUUUGAGGUAUUUGGCUUGAAUGUUUUCUUCUCCCUAAUGGACCCUGAUAGUACUUAUCAGAGCACUUUAUUUGUUUCAAUCUUAGCACUUUAGAUAUUAUCGUCAAUUUCUAAUUUCUUAAUUUCCCCAAGUAGAAUUUUAUCUAGAGCACAAAUGAUUGUAUUUCCAUUGCUUUGUACAAAAACUAGCAAAUAGAUAUUUAGAGCUUUAUACAUACCUAUUUGUUUGUCUGCAUAAGAUAAUGCUUUAGAUAAUGUCUAGUAUUUACAUAUAUGUAGACAUACAUGUAUACAUGUUUGCAUAUAUAGAACUCAAAUUUGUGAUGAAUAAAGCCAGAUUUAUAUUAAUAUAUGAACUCUAAAACAAUAGUACUCUUUGUUAGAAUUAUUAUUAAAUUCAUCUUACAGUGUAAAAAAUAUUGUUAAUAUAGUUUCAUUGAGGUUUUUUCUUCUGGCUUUUUGGAUUUCACCAUUUUUUGCAGGAUACGGGGGUGAUAUUGCAAUAAUAUCUAAAUUGCAAAAUAUUUGCACUAACCUUUUGUGCUCUCUUCCCAUACCCUGAGGAAAGUUUUGCUUUUUUAGAUGACUGAAAAAUACUUCUCUAUCCUAACAGGUACCCAUUUUUCAGUUGAUAGGUAGCUUAUGUACUUUUAUUUACAGAGGUGAGGGGUGGGAUGACUAGAGGGUCGGCAUAUUGGGCAGUACUUAUUAACUGCACUCAGGUAUCACUCCUUGCAGGCUCCAGGGACCAUAUCAGGUGCCUGGGAUUGAACUUGGGUCAGCAGCAUGCAAGGCAAGAGCCCUGCCUGAAGUACUAUUGCUCUGGGCCAUCUUCUUAAACUACGAAGUCUUUUUUUUUUUUUCUUGCACUUUAUUUUCAUUAUGAUUAUUGGUGCUAUCUUAUUUUGAUGGAAUUACAAAUAAUUCUCAAUUUCUUUACAUGAAAAACUGAAUGCUUAGAUGGGAUUUCUAAAAUGUAUUAUUGUGAUGUUAUUUAGUUUUGUGACUGUACACUUUCUUUCACUAACUGGAGACUAUUUUAAAGAAAUGGUAGUUGAUUCUCUGCUGGGGUGUUGCUCCUGGCAAUGCUUGGGGGAUAGUAUAGUGUCAGAGACUGAACCUAGGCCUCUAGUAUGUAAAAUUGCAGAAUAUUUGCACUAACCUUUUGUGCUCUCUUCCCACACCCUGAGGAAAGUUUUGCUUUUUUAGAUGACUAAAAAAUACUUUUCUAUCCUAACAGGUUCCCAUUUUUCAAUUGAUAGGUAGCUUACAUACUUUUAUUUACAGAGGAAAAAACAAAAGAAUAAAGAUACACAUCUUUUAAAUAGAAAAGAUCUGAAAAUGUUAAAAAUAUUUUUUAUAUUCUCUAAUCACUAGAAAUUGUGAAGUUGUUUGAAACUAUUAUUCUUUCAAGCUUUUUACAGUAGACAUUGAACACUAUACUGCCAUUAAUCUUUAGCAAAAAUUAAGAUGUUGACAAAAUACUCAGAUAUUCACAUGUACAUGGCCUUUUAAAGAAACUAGACAGUUAUAGAGCCCAUACCUUGCAUAUGUGGAAUCCUGGGUUUGAUUCCCCCAUUGUUUCCCCCCCAAAAAAAAAUUUACUGAGUUGGCAAGUACUUAAGGUGACAUUGGAAAGAGUGGCAGAUUUAUUAAAAUUUAAGUUUUCUGUAGGAAGUGUGACUUGGUUGUGUGCUGCCAAUAAGUUCAUUGUUAUUUCAGGAAGUUUAAUGAAAAACAUUUGUUUAUCAGAUAAGAAAUUUUGCUUUUUGGACUCCAUUGAUUAGUACAACUUUAUGAUAGAACAAGCUUAGAGUAUAGAAUCAAGAUAGCAAUAGAAAAUCAUGUUAGGGAUUUUAAUGUUUCGGACUAGUAGAAUGAUCAUAAAGUCAACAGUAGAUUCCUAGGAAUCAAAAAAUUACCAAAUAAGAUAAAACUUCAAUUGUAGGAGCAAAGUGUUAGGAUGGGAGAAGUUGAUUUUAAAUGCCCUAUGAGUAUUUUCUCUUAAAUGUUGUUUGCAUUGGUAAACAUUUAUGGGUUUCUUAUUAUGUCCCAGUAAUUUUCACAAAAUACUGUUAAAAUAUGAAGAAAUGUUUAUUUAUAAUUUGUUUUGCUUUUCUUAAUUUUGUAAACUAAUACUGUUUAAUAAAAAUUUUUAU